AUUUUACGUUUGAUCAUUGGUGUGAAGAUGGAGGUCACUGCUUUGGCUAGCCAUGAAGAGAAAGAGGAGCACUUCAAAGACCAGGUUGCUCAACUGAGGCAGCGAUUUUUCAACCCUAUUUCCCCAGGAGGACUUGCUGGUGAUGGACGCAGUGUUGUCCCUGCCUCGGGAUUUUCUUUUAGUGCUCAGCAGAUAUGGAAAGUUAUAAAGGAGAACAAGGACCUGGAUCUUCCUGCUCACAAGGUCAUGGUUGCCACUGUUCGGUGUGAAGAUAUUGCUAAUGAUAAGCUCUGUCGCUUAACCAGUGAUGAGGCUUGGAUAGCAUUAGAAGAAACCGUUCAAUUUAAGUAUCUGGUUUUGGGAGAAAGCUGAGCUCUAUUCUAGAUGCUUAUUUUUCAGAGUAAGUUUAUACCUCCAACUCGUAUGCAUAUGCUGUUUAUAUGUAUCCCUGUUGGUUUAAGAGACAUCAAUGUUUCUUUCCAGAUGUAUUUUAAAUUCUGCUUUGGAAAUUGCCUGCCAUUAAGACCAGAACAUUUGUUAUAUCAGUUAUAUUAGCUCUGCAGCAUGCUUGGUCCCUUAGCAGCUCUACAGCAUGCUUGGUAACUCUGCAGCCUCUCAUUUCAUUUGCAUUUGCAUUUAAGUUGCUGUUCAUUGCAGCCUCAUUUCAUCAACAUUUGCAGCUUAGCUUGCUGCACAUUUUUGCUGUCAUUUGACAGCUCAUUUUCACCAUAUUUGCAGCUAAAUUGCUGCACUUUGCUGCUACCGUCCUAUUGGUGCAGCUCUCCCUUCAUUUUGCUGCCAUUUUGUGCAGCCUUUCAUUUUCAUUUGCUGCUACUUUUGCAGCUUGAACACCACAGCUCCAACAGGCAUCU